AUGUGGGCCCCAUUAGCGCAUACCAGACCGGAAUCUCAAAAGACCGACUUAACGUCAUUGUUCUCGACCGAUCGCGAGCAGAACCCAUUGAACGACUACCAAUACCAGAUCAACAUCAGGGAACUGGAGGAUUACUACAACAAAACCAUCUUGAAUGAAGACACCAUACAGGAGACAAGCAGCGAGAUAUCUUCUGCGGUCUCGUUCUCCCCCUCCAAACAGAAAAACGCUAUUCAGCCAGGACUUCUGUACGACCCACAAUUGAUAAACCCUUUCCUCCCAUCCGCUAGUCUGGACACUAGCACACUGACCACUUUCAAAAAGAAGCUGGAGGUACAGAUCAACCCAGAUUACGUCCCCAAAUCUUCACAAUUGCCAUUGACUUUGCAAAAUUUGCAGCAGUUGUCCCAGCAAAGCCCCGAAGAUGAUGCUCCAUCUUCUCCACAAAAGAUCUCUCCCUCUCAACCUAAGGUGAAAUGCCAACCGCAGGAGACCCCAAAGCAGCUAUACAAGACCGAACUAUGUGAAUCUUUUACUUUGAAGGGGACCUGCCCUUACGGCACCAAAUGCCAAUUCGCACAUGGGUUGAACGAGCUGAAAGUCAAGAAAUCAUGCAAAAACUUCAGAACGAAGCCAUGCAUGAACUGGGAAAAACUAGGAUACUGCCCCUACGGCAGAAGAUGCUGCUUCAAACACGGCGACGACAACGACAUUGCUGUUUACGUAAAAGCUGGUACUUAUUGUAACCGCAGUGCCAACAACAAACAAUCUGACCAAAAGAGAAGCACCAGUCGCGGCGAUGAUCGUAAUUAUGCAAAGAAGAAAAACCUCAACGUUAAAGUGAAAGCUUUGCAAAGAAUGACUUGGUGA